CGACAAGAUCCUUGACGCUGACGCUUCAGCUAUUGUCAUUGAGAUUUACGCAGCGGCUUGGGCUAAAGACGCCCUUGUUGGUACUGUCAAUGUUCUUCUUAGCGAUCUUUUUGCUCCUUGGUCUGGUUUCGGCGACGGUGACGAUGGUGGUGGUGGGAACAACAAUAUGAGGCUUGUGACGCUUCAGAUCCGUCGUCCUUCCGGUAGGCUUCAAGGGUUUUUACGGCUCGGCGUUGCGCUUCUUGACGGUGGUCAACGGAGUAUGCCGUUAUCUAUUGAGGUGUUUGAUGGAAGUAGAAGAGGAGAUACGAAUAAAAGAGAUCAAGAAGCUUCAAGGAUGAUGCAUCGCCGUACGAAUAGCGAUCAAACGGAUUUAACAACGUCGACGAAUAAUUACGGAGUUAAAACAGGGGUUGUUACCGGAGGAGGAGGCGGUGGUGGUCUUGUUAUUGGUGCGGAUAGUAUGGUGAACGGUUCGCUUUGUAACUCUGAUAUUGGACCAUCAGCGUCAGUGGUCGCGGCUGCUAUUGCGCAAGGGCUUUACAACAGGCAGAAAACAGCGGUUGCGACGUCGACGAACAGUAAUAACAAAGAGGACGCGAGUUCGAUUCUUGAAGGGAAAACAGAGGGAAUUGAGCACAGAGUCGAACGGUGGAGAGCUGAGAAAAAAGGCGCGGUUGAAGCGGCUGGAUCGAGCGAUGAAUCUAGCGGGAAAGGAGGAGCAGGGAGGAGACGUAGGAGGAGGAGACGAAAGGAGAAACAACAACGAGGGAGGAACGGUGGAGGAGGAGAAGGUAAGAAAGGGUUGUUUUCAUGUUUCGGAAACGUGUUUGGAUGCGAGAUUUCGAUAACUUGUGGCGGUGGAAGCGGCGGAGAAGGAGACAGCACGAAGAAGAGAUAUAACAAGAAUAAAGUAGUAAAUCUUAGUGCUGUAGACGAAACGUUUAGUCAUUCUGCGGCUUAAAGAAAAAGAGAGAAAAAGUGUUUAUAUUUUGUUUUUUUUUGAAUGUGCGAAAACGUUUGAUGAUGAUGGGUUUAAACUGUGAAAUUUGAAAGUAUUGAGGUGAAACGUAUGAAUAAACUUUCAGUUACUAAUA